AUGGCGCGACGUUACCAGAUCGAUGAGCUGCUAUGGCUGCGCUCGUCGCCUCUGGUCACUAAGCCUACUACUUUACCUCCCGUAGAAGAAUGGAUGGGCCCGAUCCCCGACCCAACAACGCAACGCAAAACCACCAACCCCAGAGAUCCUAAUAACCCGACUGAAACCACCCCGCGACGAUCGAGCAUCUUUGAAGCUCGCCACGUAUCACGUGGUUCGAACUCAGAGGACAUCAUUCUUGGACCGCCGAAGACUGCUUUUGCGUCCGCUUCUCGAGUGACGACCAAAGGUUCCAUCGACUCGACCGAACGACCACUAAAGCAACCCGACGCAGAUGACCCCAAGAAUGACCGGUUCAACUUCCGCGACAAAUUCUUCAAGGAAAGAGAUGUUGGCGAUCGAGAUUUUGAUCGGCGUGAUGGCAAACAAACCACGUUCAAUGGUCGACGGUUAGACCGAGAAGACUGGAACAGCGCACGCCCGCGUCGCACCUUUGGCCCAGACGAACAGGAGCGAAAGCCCAGACGGAACGGCGAGUUCGACCGCUGGGAGGGUGCCCGGGACUUGACCCGGGACCGCGAUCAACGAGACCCCAAUCUCGACAGAGGAGCCAGAGAUAACAAGGACGGUCGCUUCUUUCCCCGCAGGGACGGCCAGCCAGGUCGCGCGCGCCACGAAGGAAGCUGGUUCCGCGACGAACCCACCCAGGAUGUACAUGAAGCCGAAGAGGAAAAGACACCGGUCCGCAAUCGCGAAUGGCGUAGGGACCGACACGGCGCGGAUCGUGAUUGGACUCGCGGCGCCAAACUCGAACAGGAGCCCGAGUGGUUGGACUCUAACGACAGGGACGAGCCUCGCCGGGUGCAUACUCAAGAAGAUUUUGAACGGUGGAAAGAAAGGAUGAAGGCGGGAUCUUCUCAACCCGUGGAGGAGAAGAAAGAAUCCCCCGUCGAGCAAUCCGUUGGCACCUCUGACAAAGCCGAGAUUAAGCCUACCGAUGGUGAAAUUUUCAGCAGUAACGGCGCUCCUUUCCAGGGAGACACGGCGAUGGAACGCUUUUUUGGGCUUCUAGGUGAUGGCAAACCGUCCCCAGUCAUUAACACGGCCUUGCCUUUGGAAUCAACGCCCAAAAAAGAGACCGCGCCCGCGCCGGGCAAGUCGGCCAAGUCUUCCCGCUUUGCUGGACUGUUCAGUCCUCCUCCCGGGAGCCCUGCCGCCAGAGAGCCCGACCCUCCUCCUCAAAUGGGAAGCAGAUCUCCCGUGCCUCAACCCCCGUCGUCGGCAACGCCUUCAGCCGAUGCGGACCAGGAGGGUUUCCAGCGCAUCCUACAAAUGCUGGGCACUAGCAAGUCACGCAACGCGACUCCUCACAACGAUAACGUGCAAGCCAAUCGCCCCCCUUCUCUCGUGCACAUGGAACAAACCCAGAGUGCGGUCUCGUCUCCCACUCGUGAGCAACUCAGACGGCCCGAACAAGUAGCCAUGCCGGAUGCAGCGAUUCGGCAUGCUGGCCCUCCUCUGAAGGAGAACCUAUAUGUUCAGGAUCCUCAGGCUCGAGACAGAGAACAUUUGCUUCGCCUCAUGCAACAAGUUAAGGUGAGCCCCAUCACCAGCCCGGGACAGGGCGGCCAGGGUCAGCCACAGAGCGCUGGCCCGGUUCCCGGCUUGAUGAAUAUGCAAGAAGGAUUGCCUCACCCUCCUCCCGGACUUUCCUCCGCACAGAAGGUGCCACCUUUCCUUGAUGACCCGGCGAUAGCCAACUUGCAGCGGCCGGAUCCUGAACAGUUUCGGCGGAGACCCGCAAACGGGCCGCCAAUGGGUUACUUUGAUGACCUGCCUUUCCCUCAAGGCGGCCAGGUUCCCAUCACCCCUGGUGGAUCGCGGGCCCCGCAGGGUCAAGGACUUCCUGCCAUGGGCAUGCAGAGACCCCCAGGCUUCGAGCACAUGCCUCCUCCCGGAUGGAAUGGCCACCACCAGAUGCCUCCGCAGCAGGCCGGUGGACCGGCGACCCCCAUGGGCCCUCCGCCAGGCAUUCCGACGCCCAACCGGGGCAUCAACCCCAACUUUAUGGCAAACAUGAUACCGCCCAUGCACGGCAAUGUACCUCCCCUCGGCGAUCGACAGCCCUUCCCUCGCGGCGCCGGCGGCGCCGGGUCGGCUGGAUUUCCCCCUCCUCCCGGCAUGAUGCCACCUCCUGGGUAUAUGAACGGCCCUCCCCCGGCUGGAUUCCCUCCGAUGCCACCCAACGCCGAGGCUCUUAUGGGCGUUGGUCACGCCGGACAGGGUCCUUUCGAAGGGAACCCUGGUCCCCAGGGACCGCCGCCAUCCUCUAGACACUUGCUGGAUAUGUUCGGUCAGGUUGGUGGGGAUGCGCGCGGUGGUAUGAUUGGCCCGGGGCAGUUCAGAUAG